AAUAACAUCUACCAAACAGGCCUUAAAUAUCUUUUCAAGAUAAAUAAUCCAAGUUGUAGAUCUCUAUACACGCUGCAAACUAAGCUAGCCUCUUCUUCUGGAGUGGAGCACUCAGAGCAGAGCAGGGAGAGAGAGAAGGCAAUGAGGUUCGGGACGCUGGAGCUGGCGGUGGUGCUAAUGUGCGCCGUGGUGCUGAUGUUGCCGGACGUGUCGGCCACGCGGUGGACCGUCGGAGGGAACCAGGGCUGGAGCACCAACGUCAACUACACGGUCUGGGCCAAGGACAAGCACUUCUACAAUGGCGACUGGCUCUUUUUUGUGUAUGAUAGGAACCAGAUGAAUGUGUUGGAGGUAAAUGAGACAAACUAUGAGUCAUGCAAUUCCGAUCAUCCGCUUCACAAUUGGACUACAGGUGCUGGAAGGGAUGUUGUUCCUCUUAACGUCACCCGGAAAUAUUAUUUCCUCAGUGGCAAGGGGUUCUGCUAUAGUGGAAUGAAGAUAGCUAUCAAUGUUGAAAACCCACCGCCCCCUCCCUCAGCUUCACCAAUAAAAGAAUCGAACGACUCUCCAAGUUCUAAUUACAGAGGCCAGAUUGUUGUACCAGCCGUUUUUGCCAUUGCCGCAGUGUGGGACUCAUUCCUCCGUCUCUACUGGUAACAGAUGGAUACCCGAAUUGCCUCAAGGCAAUCUGUCAAAAAAAAAGAAAAAAAGAGUUGUGCUUCACUUUAUUUAUUUAUUUAUAUCUGUUGGGAGUUGAUUUGUGUGGUUGUAGUUUGACCUGCGAAAGGGUAAUCUUUAUGAUGAAAGCCUACAGUGUUUGAAUUUUGAAAUGUAUGAGUACGUUGGCUACAAAUUAAGAAUUGGAAGGCGUGAAAUGCGGAA